AGGGGAGGGGAUGCACCUCCAAACUCCUGCUGCCUGCACUUUUCUCCGCGCAGUGGAGCAGCAGAGGCGCGCAGUGCGGGGACUCGGUCCGGCCACAGACACAGGACGCUCCGCACGUUAAACCGCAAACGGGGGGAAACGAGUUGAACCGCAAACAACAGAGGACGGUCGCGUGAAUUUUUUCAUUUUUAUUUUUUUUGCCCUGAGCGAUGAACGCCACGCGGGGGAAACACACGACAGCUUGAGGUCACAGCGCUUCUUCACCCCCUCACCCCCCCCCCCCCCCCAAAAAAAAAACUACGGUUGACGACCAACGGUCGGGAGUACCUGAAUACCUGCGGCGUGUCGGUAGCCUCGGCUCGGUGACAUUGAGAGCGAGCGAGAGAGAGAGAGAGAGGGGGGAGAGUGGUAGAGAGACUACGAGACGGGACGGGAGAAAGUUUCUGAAGGUUGGCGCAGGCACAGCGGGUUGAAACAAUGCGGCUGACCCCGACGACGUGCCUCUCCUCGGCAGCCCUGCUGGUCCUGCUGGCCGUCCGCUGGUCCCACGGCAUUUCGCUGUCUCCCCAAGAGGCGAAGCAGUUUCUGAGCAGACACAGGAGAGCGAACCAAGUUUUCGAGGAGACAAAGCAAGGACACUUGGAGAGGGAGUGCGUGGAGGAAAAGUGCAGCAAAGAGGAGGCCAGAGAAGUGUUUGAAAAUGACCCGGAGACGGACUACUUCUAUCCCAAGUAUUUAGCCUGCAUGGAGAAGUUUGGAGAUGCUGAGAAGAAGAAACAGGAUCUGAUAACAUGUGUUCACAAUAUUCCAGACCAGUGCUCUCCUUCUCCCUGUAUCGCCAGAGGUACGGUGCGCUGCGAGGACAAAAAGGGGGACUUCCUCUGUCAUUGUUUCACGGGCUGGGCGGGAGCCAGAUGUGAGAAAGAUGUCAACGAGUGCAGCAAGAAAAAUGGAGGGUGUGACCACGAGUGCAACAAUACUAUGGGCAGUUACCGCUGCUCCUGUCACCAAGGCUACAUGCUGGUAGGGCGUCACAUGUGUGACGAUGUGGACGAGUGUGAGAACCCAGGUGUGUGUGGAACCGCACGGUGCGAGAAUAAAGAGGGCGGCUUCGACUGCUCCUGUGACAUCGGCUUCGUCUACGACAACGAGACCAAGAGCUGCGUCGAUGUGGAUGAGUGUGGUGCAGAUGUGUGUGCAGACCAGUGCCUGAACACUGUGGGGAGUUUCCGUUGCUUCUGUGAUGGUCGUCAGGGAAUGAAGUUGGGCCGGGACCUAAGGAGCUGUAAGAAUAUAACUCCGUGUAUGUCGCCGUCUCUGAGGAGGAACUCUCGUUCGCUCUACCUCGGCCGCAUGUUCAGCGGCGUGCCGGUGGUGAGGCUGCGUUUCCGCCGGAGGGUUCAAACUGGCUUUUCUGCAGAGUUUGACUUCCGCAGCUUCGACCCCGAGGGGGUGAUUUUCUUCGCCGGGGGUCACCUAAAUAGCUCCUGGAUCGUUCUGGCAAUGCACCAUGGGAAGCUGGAACUCCAGCUUAAAUACGGCACCGUUAGUCGGGUGACCAGCAGCGGGCCUGUGGUUAAUGACGGACAGUGGAGAAAGAUCUCUGUGGAGGAGCAGGGGCGGAGUCUCGUGAUAAAGAUCGACAGGGAGGCGGUCAUGAAGAUCGCAGUCAACGGGGAUCUGUUUACGCUCAAGAAAGGCAUGCACGAACUCAACCUCACCGUGGGAGGAGUCCCUUUCAGAGAGGACGGCCUCGUCAAUCAGGUGAACCCUCGUCUGGAUGGCUGUAUGAAGGAGUGGAAGUGGUUGACAGGCGAAGAUACGUCCAUACAAGAAACCAUCCGGUCCAACGACAACAUGCAGUGCUUCAACUCCGAGAGGCCUGGGACGUAUUACCCCGGCACGGGCUUCGCUCUCUUCAACAUCAGCUAUGAACCACAGAAUCUGAGCGUGCAGCUGACCCUGCGUCCAACUUCUGCGAUCGGAGUGCUGUUUGCACUUGUUCAUCAGGACAGAGUCCCUCUCUCCAUCGCUCUGGCCGACUAUCAUCCCGGCACUGAUGAAUGGCGAGAUUUUGUUCUGGUAUCUGUUAGUGACGUCAUCGUCGCCAGCUCUCCUUCCCCGCUGUGCGACGGUGAGAGUCACGAAAUCCUCGUGACGAUCUCAGGCAACCAAACCCUGCUGCUGGUGGAUGGCCAGCCUGGACGUAGCGAAGAAACCGAAAUUUCUAUGGACGUCCUGUCACAGUCCAGCACCUUUAUAGGAGGGCUCCCUGAUGUUUCUCUGGUGACCACACUGGUGUCGGCGCCCUACAGCGGCUGCAUGGAGGUCAGUGUUAACGGACAGCCCCUGGACUUGGACCAGGCCAUCCACAAACACAACGACAUCCGCUCACACUCCUGCCCCCUGCUGGACUCCCACCAGUGACCAGAGCAUUAGUCUGCCAACGCUGAUCCAUUAGCAGUUCAUUGAGGCAAUGGGGAUUUUCUUUCCCAAUAUAUUGAUAAAAGCUUUGACGGGAGAUGAUUUCUAUUGGAAUGUAAAAAAAAAAAGAAAAAAGAAAAAAAAACUGGACCCGCUGUUGUGGUUCAGCUGGAGCCUUUGCCCAAGAUCGCUCUGUCCUAUUACUGUGAUGACGCUGCUGUCGAGACGCGUUUGUGGGAUUUUAAAAGUACUCCCAGUGUAAGGACUGUAGGGCAGUCAGUCAGCCAAUGAGCAGUGUUCCUUGUGCUAGGCAGAAGAUACGGGAAUAAAUGCUGCACAACAUUGCCUCAAAAACUGCCCAUGAAUCGCAGUCUCUCAAGCCCACACUGCACCUUCUCUAGAUCAGUGUCCAGUGGUUGCUCUUGGCUCAGCCUGCUAUGCCUAGCAUCCUGUGCCGAUCUGACUGGGACCUUGUAGGCUGUGACUCUGCUGAUAGAGCGGCGGUCAUGUUGCUUACACCGAGCCCACCUAAGGCCUGUGUCACAAAGCUUAAAAUAAUCAAGUGCUCAUCUGAUUAAAUGGGGACCAGAAAUAACGUAAUUCAUCAGCUACCCUACCCAGAGAAAAUGUGUGACUAGCUGUUCAGAUCUUCAUGAAUGUUUUGGCGCAUUAUGAAUUUAGGGGUUGGUGGGCGCUAAAUUAAUCUUUUGAAUCCCCUCCAUUGCUGCAGCAGGGGUGGGGUGGUAUUAGGCACAACUCCUGUAGAAAACCUUGCACAUUGUUGCAGGUAAGCAUGGACUGCGUUGGAAUCUGUAUGACUUCUUUCUUUAUGACUAAAGCAGCACUCCAUGUCUACCUGCAACCUUAAAAAUCAACGGUGUGCCUAGAAAGAACAACCAAACCCACAACAGCUUCCCUCCUGGGAGAAUCAUUUCACCAAGGUGCAGUACUGUAACACCCACACACACAUGGAGCUAACACUACUCCUGUAAAAAAAAUUGUACUCGGUGCAGUUAAGACACUACGCAUUAACCCCUGUACAUUGUGAAGUAUUCAUAUUAGCCUGACUCCCACCCAUAGUCUCAAUGAUCUGCAAACACUAACUUCAUCACAAAGGUCCCCUCUUUCACUCAGAAUUAGCCAAACACAUAUAAAACCUGCCAUGAACCGAUGGAAGGCUGAUAGAUUAGUUUCAGAAGCAGCGGAAGGGGCCCUCGCCAUGAAGGAGAGAGAGUGAGCACUUCGUCAAAAGCACCACACAAGCUACUGAGAGAAAAGAAGAGUGCGCUGUAAUAUAGUGAGUAUGUAAAUAAUGUGACUGUACAAUGCUUUGUAGAAGACCGAAAACAGAAACACUACCUUUUGGCUCACUGAGGUUUCUUGCACUUUUAAGUUGUAACAAAACCGUAAUCUGAGUCUCUGAACUUCAUCUGCUUCCUGCCAAUGUUUGAGCUAAAAGUUUACUAUUUUCUUCAUGUAGGAGAUGGGUGACCCCCAGGGAUCAAAGUAUCAUACAUCUACGAGGGGCUCGGUUUUUAAUUUGAUUUUAUAGGUGCUGAGCAAAUAAAAAUCCAAUAAAAACAAAGAAUUACAAGAGCAUUGACUGAGAAUGCCAAGAGGGCUCCAGUUUUAUUUUACUUCCCUCUAAUGUAUAUCGUUUUCUAGUUUGCUGAUGAAUGAAUGCCAGAAUAUAGAGCUUGACGAGUUAUUAUUAUUAUUUUUUUUAUCAGUUGUAAAUCUAACUUUGACUUUUUUCAUUUUACACUUUUAACUGCCAGUAUGUGUACUAUGCUGAGAGGGACCUGCCUUUGAGUUGUAACUUCCUUCAACAGUGAUCGUCCUAUUUAAAAAUAAAAUCAGUUGUAUGAACAUUAUGAGUAAAGUUGUAUUUUCCAAAAAACUAA